UAAAUAAAAAUUUUCUUCUCAUAAACACCCAGUGAGGGAUUACGAGGAGACGCCACUGCAGAGCGUCGCGGCGCUGCCAGUUAGUCACCCCUCCACAAUGGCGUCGCCGAAACAAAUCAGUUUCGGAUGAAUGGCGAAAUUCACGUUGUCAGUAGGUCGUAAAAUGCAAAAAUAGGGUCGCAGUUAUAAUCAAAACAGCCAAAUUCUCUACUCGCUAACCCAAAUCAAGUUAAUUGUCUUCCAUUCCUUCUGGCUUCUGGGCUGGAAAAUCGCCGAGGAAAGUGCAAUGCGACAUUCCUGUCCUGUGCGUUUGGCAACUAUACUAUUCUUCCCGUACUUAUGACUACUCAACUUGUAGGAAAAAACUGCGAUGGAGGUCACUACACGUGUUCCCCGCCUAAAGAUUGUUGCAAGCAAGGGUGCUGCUUCCUUCUGACCAAUACUUUGCAACGACCCUCUGCUGUACCUGCCAGUAAUUUCUUCACUCCGCUGUUCCUGGGACACUGGUACUUCUGGGUGGCGGUGAUGGCCACGGUUGCUGGGAUCUUGUGUGCCUGUUCCCUCUGGCGCCGCCACAGUCACGGGAGUCUGUGCUGCCGCGACUCCAGCAGAGACGAACGAGCUUCCGAGCCCGAUUCGAACGGAUCUUGCUACGCACCUCCUCAGUAUAGUAGAUGUAAUAGCUUUCAUCAGCCGCCUCCACCUUACUCUGAGGUGACUUCAAAGCCUGAUUUAUACCCUCUAGUGAUUAGUUACAACGGCGAUCCCAUAAUUAAGAACAACAACAGCUCCACCGGGUACUUAAUGGUGCAAUAUUUUCGUAAUUUUAUAGUACGGCCUGUCGGAUCGCUAUCCGCUACUAGCACAAUAGAUUCGCUCAGUUCGAGUUUUAUAUGUAACGCCGCUAACGAGGCCAACACGAUAAUCCCUCCUCCGUACUCUUGCAUGGGCAGUUUGGAAGAGGUAACCACCGAGGAACAAAUCACCCAAGCUCCAGAAGAACCUCAGCUGCCUCGUUCGGCGUCCCUGCUUUCCGGUGGCGACUUCUACCAGCCCACUAGUCCUAGUGCUCAAUCCCACUUAAGCACCACGAAUACCCCGUCCGCUUUAACCACCCCCUCCCACAAUCGGCAGAUUUCAAUCAGAGACAACCCUUGCUUUGGUCAGAAUGCAACGAAUAUUGUAAAUACUAACGUAAGCGACACUACGACGUUGCCAAAUCCAGUAGAGCAGUUAGCGACAGAUAGAGUAGAAAGCAAAAGCCAAAGUAACUGUGAUGCUUCGCCCUAUAAGAAAAUUAAAAUACCGAUGCACACACAAAAACUACCCAAAGACCGCAGUCAGGACUCCGAGAGUCAAGACGAAGACCACAACUUCUCCGACCUUCUCAACCUUUCGGUGUGCGUUCCGAGCAGCGUGGUCAACUUGGGUACUUCGAUCCAGUCGAACCACUACCUCCAGGAGCUGCAGUACAGCGUAACGAACAGCAUGACGGGGUCGGACAUCAGCAGUCUGGCUAACUUGGGGUCGCCGGAUUCGCCCCCGAGAGCCACGAGUCCGACGGUCGAAAUGAAGGAGUUGCUGGAUAAGAUCCAGCAGCUGCCGCAGCAGAAGAGUCCGAUGCCGCCGCAGGAGCCCAAGAGCAGCAGGAGCUGCUUCCACAGCAGAGCCAAGGCGAAGACGUUGUACAUGCCGCUGUACGAAGGGUCUAGACCUAAAGGUACUAAGAUGUUCUCGAAGGGGUGGCUGUCGAGGUCGGCUCCUAACACGCCUUGCAGCAACUUCGUGCCGAGUUUCCCUGUACAUAAAAAAGGGUCGAGCCAAAGAAGUAGCAAACUGGCCAUUAGUGACGGAAGUCCGUUGUUGAAGGAACACGAAGAGUCGGAAGAGGAUGCCAACAGGGACGAAUGCUUAUGAUAGGAAUAAGUUCUAAGUUGGAAUUUUAUAAAGUGCUAAUUAUUUGCAAAUUUUUGUUUGGUUUAGAUACUGCGGUUGAAUUGUGAGUCAAUUUAGCAAAACACACAGGUAUUCUAAAAAUCGGUAGCAAAAUUUUAAUAAAGUAGUAGGUAGAAGCGGUACACGAGGAUGUUAGUUAAUCCGGUGAAUCAUAAAUCGACACUGCUCAACUUAUUUUUACACUUGUACUUAAUCAAAACUAAGAAAUAACAAACAAAAGAUAUUUUAAACUAUAGUUACUAAAUUUGCAAAUAAUUAUCUUCGAAAUAUUCAUUAAUCUAGUUGUUUUCUAAACUGAUAAAAGGGCUAACGUUCAAGUGCACCAAGAACUUGCACCAAUAAUUUUCGUUCGAUCAAAUAUAUUUGUGGGCACUACACCUAUGGAACUAAAAAAUCGGAUCUAAAGACUGUACAAACAGUAGUUCGUUAUUAUUUUCCAGGCGCCCACAGCCAACUAACAUCAAUUUACAGUUGAAAAUUCUUGUCAAAAGCGUCUAAAGUCUCACGUGAAACAUCUUUUCCUGGCUAAUUAGAACUUCGUUAGGCACAACCCUUAGAAAACAAACUAUACUUAGCUCUGUUGCCUAAAAUGAAUAGUUCAGAAAUUCGACUAAAUCUAGCGUUUACAACUAUAGCCUACAGCUAGGUACUACAGUUUUAUAAUUUCAGAUUACACUCUAAUCCAGACAAGUAUAAUAGUGGCUGUUUUACAGAACUGCUUCUAAAUUUGAUCGCGCAUCAUUAAAAUAAAAUUUUCUAUAAAUAUUUGAUAUCUGGAUCGAAAAGAAUGUUCAUCGACAACCCAUUUUUCAAAUUUAGUAAGCAGUUGACGUGAUUAAAGUUUCUAAAUAUUUUUUGGUCGUUUUAGCAUAUAUGUGUUCCCUCGCUACUAUGUGUUUGUAGUCGUUGUUUUCUCUAAAUGGUACAUACAAAAGGCUCUAAUUUGUUAAGACGGUGACCUCGAAACGACAGAAUAUAAUAUUUUUGUAAAAAAGAACCUAGGGCAGAGGCUAAUAAAAUUCGUGUUCAAUUAUUAUAUUAUAUAAAGUAAAUGUUAAUAGUAGUAAUUUUAUUGUCUUUAAUAGUAAGUGAUGUCUAAAGGCAGUGUACUAUAUUUUUCUUUUGAUUUAAUUUUUGCAAAAGUGUACUUACUAAAACCGUUAGACUCUUGAUUUGUUUAUUAAUGAUGGAAGUUGCUUGUUAAAUAGAUGCCUUGGCCAUAUUUUUCAUACUACUACAAAUGUUACUUACUAUACCUAACAAGAACAAAGUGUGUACGUGGACUACGACGUUUAACGGUACAGAGUUAGUUAAUUUCUACAGACUUUGCUUAUCGUAAUACCCCAUAGCACUCACUAGCCGUUGUUGAAACAUAACGAUCUGUUAACAUUAACACAAUUUGUUGAUUUUGUUGAUUUUUCAAAGUUUAAAGCAAACUCGUUUAGUUUUUAUUAUAUGUAGAACCACACAUACUUUACAUUUUAAAUCAGUGGAUGUAGCUUAUCCACUGAUUUAAAUAACUCAUCGUUUCGUUUUGUGUAUGUUUUCGUUCAAACAGCGAUCUGAAAUGUAAUAAGAUGGUGAUUAAUAAAAAAAUAUUUCCGUGAAAA